UUUGUCGGCUGAAGAUACCAAACCAAGUCUAAACAUGGUGUUCAAGCUGGGACUCGUCUUGACCUUCGCUUUUGCAAGCUGCAUGGCGCACGAGGGAUAUCCGAAUGCGCGGCCCAGUGAGCAGUUGUCCUACGAGCAAGGAUACAACCAUCAGGACCCGCACGACCAAUUGGGCGGCGACGAAAUAUCCGGGGUGGCCGGCAAAGAUUAUCCGGUCUUCCGCGAAGUUCCGCAAACGCGGUUCGAGUGCGAGCAACAGCAAUAUCCAGGGUAUUACGCCGACCCUGAGGCCGAAUGUCAGGCUUUUCAUAUCUGUCAACGCGGUGGCCGUAAGGACUCGUUCCUUUGUCCGAACGGCACGUUAUUCAAUCAGGCGAGACUGGUCUGCGAGUGGUGGUACAACGUGGAUUGCUCUCGCGCGCCAAGUUUCUACUCCAUUAACGAGGUGGUUGCAAAAGCAAUGGAGGAAGCUGAUAGGCUCAUCCGACUGGCCGCCGAGGAGAAGCUCUCCCGAGGCUACCAGCGUGAAUCUAACGUCAAUUCCGGCUAUUGGAAUCAACACAAUCAGCAGGACGUGAAGCAAGGAUGGAACGACAUCCCGGCUCGACACAAUCCAAUGUCUAACUUUGCCAAGGACCUCCCUUACGACGCACUCACGACGUCGACCAGUCCCGUUUACGGCGCGCCUGAAUUCGCCGCUAAAUCUCUGCCGGACGCGAACAAUCAUGGAAAUUCUUACCCGCCGGAACAGAAUUACGUGAUCACCGACGCUAAAUUUGGCAAGCAAUCGACAAGGAACAACAACUUCGCGGAACCAGCGAACGUUUACCUGCCUGCCUAAUCGAUAUUCGGCCGAUUCGAAUUUCCAACAUGUCGCACGUAAUGUCAUAUAACCGAGGAA